CUUCUACCAGAUACAAGUGAGCUGCUGUCCGUCUUAGAGCGGCAAAUCGGAACUUUGCUCGUUGUUUGAGUUGCCGGUGAGGACCGUGCACUGGUUUGUGGGCAUCGCGAAGUCCGUAGAUCACCGAUUCGUUUCGACGGUCAUAAUGCAGACCUAUCGGGGAAUCGUCCUGCUGCUUUGGGGAGUGUUGGCUAUCCAGCUGAUGUCCCACCAGGCAGCCGCUGAAGCACCUCCAGAUUCCGACACGAACUUCACACCAGACGAAGCAGCUGCGGCCAGAUCCGGCGGGGAAUCCGAUGGAGGGGACCCGGACAGCACCGUCGAUACUGCCGAGGGUGCCAAACCAACAGCCUUUGAGAAGGGCGAUCCAAAUUCUUUACAGCUCGGCAAACCUGUGGGCGGUAGUGCUGUGUCAACUGGAAACAGAGCUGCCCCGGCCGGACACAAGCUGAUCCUGGUGGCCGAUGCAACGGACAGGUCCAUCAGUCGGCUAACUACGGAAGAUGAUAUCCAAUUUCAGUGGGGUCGCUAUGAAAUCGACAAUGAUUUUCAUAGACCAAUAGCUGUUGAUUACGACCGGACGGAGGAUUUUAUCUACUGGACCAGUGUUAACGGCGCGAAUAGUGUUGUGUUCCGUUCUCCCUACGAGACUGGAACGGGGCUGAGACUUGAUGGACAGCAGGCUUCAGUUCCUGACGGUAUUGCAGUAGACGUCAUUUCCAGGAACCUGUACUGGACAGACACCGGUACAGACCGCAUCAUCGUCUCCCGCCUGGACGGCAGCUUCAGGAAGUCCCUCAUAACCCAGGGGCUGGACGAACCCAGGGCGAUCGUAGUGGAUCCCAACUCGGGUUGGAUGUACUGGACCGACUGGGGAAACCCGUCUAAGAUUGAGCGUGCGCAAAUGGACGGUACUCAGAGGUCUGUUAUUGUCAAUGUCGUGCAGGGCCACUGGCCAAACGGACUGGCCUUGGAUGCAGCAGAAAACCGGCUGUACUGGUGUAACGGUGGUACUGGCGCGAUCUGGACCUCUGGAGUGACUGGCAGCAACCCGAGCCCCACACAAUUGUUUACGCAGUCAGCCGGUGACGUAAAUGCACACCUGUUCGGGAUCGCUGUGGAUGAGACACAUCUCUACUGGACAGCGUGGAACAUACCGGGCGUCCACAGGAUUAGCAAGUCGUUGACUGGAUACGUCAGGCUCAACCUGCCACACUUUCAAAAGCUGUAUGACAUCCACGUCAGGACAGACUCAAACACUCCGAGUCAACCAAACGCCUGCUCUGUGUCUAACGGGAACUGUGCCCAGCUGUGUCUCCCCGUCCCCGGCGGAGGGUGGACCUGCGCCUGUCAGGAUGGGUGGAGCCUGGGGUCGGAUGGACGGUCCUGUAUUUCGGAUACCUGUCUGCCUAACCCAUGUCAAAAUGGUGGCCAGUGUAUCGGUGAGGACGACUCUUACAGCUGCGAUUGUCUUGAUGGAUUCAGUGGAGUCAACUGCCUGACCAAUAUCAACGAGUGCGCAUCGGGUCCAUGUCAAAAUGGCGGCCAAUGUCAAGAUGGGGACAACUCUUACAGCUGUGAUUGUCCGGAUGGCUUCAGUGGAGUCAACUGCCAGACCAAUAUCAACGAGUGCGCAUCGGGUCCAUGUCAAAAUGGUGGCCAAUGUCAAGAUGGGGACAACUCUUACACCUGCGAUUGUCCGGAUGGCUUCAGUGGAGUCAACUGCCAGAUCAAUAUCAACGAGUGCGCAUCGGGUCCAUGUCAAAAUGGUGGCCAAUGUCAAGACGGGGACAACUCUUACAGUUGCGAUUGUCCGGAUGGCUUCAGUGGAGUCAACUGCCAGAUCAAUAUCAACGAGUGCGCAUCGGGUCCAUGUCAAAAUGGUGGCCAAUGUCAAGACGGGGACAACUCUUACAGCUGCGAUUGUCCGGAUGGCUUCAGUGGAGUCAACUGCCAGACCAAUAUCAACGAGUGCGCAUCGGGUCCAUGUCAAAAUGGUGGCCAAUGUCAAGACGGGGACAACUCUUACACCUGCGAUUGUCCGGAUGGCUUCAGUGGAGUCAACUGCCAGACCAAUAUCAACGAGUGCGCAUCGGGUCCAUGUCAAAAUGGUGGCCAAUGUCAAGACGGGGACAACUCUUACAGUUGCGAUUGUCCGGAUGGCUUCAGUGGAGUCAACUGCCAGAUCAAUAUCAACGAGUGCGCAUUCGGUCCAUGUCAAAAUGGUGGCCAAUGUCAAGAUGGGGACAACUCUUACACCUGCGAUUGUCCGGAUGGCUUCAGUGGAGUCAACUGCCAGAUCAAUAUCAACGAGUGCGCAUCGGGUCCAUGUCAAAAUGGUGGCCAAUGUCAAGAUGGGGACAACUCUUACACCUGCGAUUGUCCGGAUGGCUUCAGUGGAGUCAACUGCCAGACCAAUAUCAACGAGUGCGCAUCGGGUCCAUGUCAAAAUGGUGGCCAAUGUCAAGAUGGGGACAACUCUUACACCUGCGAUUGUCCGGAUGGCUUCAGUGGAGUCAACUGCCAGAUCAAUAUCAACGAGUGCGCAUCGGGUCCAUGUCAAAAUGGUGGCCAAUGUCAAGAUGGGGACAACUCUUACACCUGCGAUUGUCCGGAUGGCUUCAGUGGAGUCAACUGCCAGAUCAAUAUCAACGAGUGCGCAUCGGGUCCAUGUCAAAAUGGUGGCCAAUGUCAAGACGGGGACAACUCUUACACCUGUGAUUGUCCUGAUGGUUUCCUGGGUGAACGCUGUGAAAUUUCUGCAACAGAACCUCCACAGACGACUCCUCAGGGGACAAGUAGUGUGUGUGAAUCUGGUUGGUUCCACCAUGAGGGGACGUGCUACUGUCUCCUUGACGACCAGUCCACCUACAGCGAAGCUGCCCGGAGCUGCGCUGAGUUGGACGUGUACGGGCAACUGGCCGUGGUGAAGCGGCCGAGCACGCACCGCUUCCUGAUGGAUUAUGUUGAACGUUUCGGUGGGGGUUCUCCGUGGAUAGGAAUCGACGAUGGUACUACAGAGGGUGUAUGGAAGUACGUUGACGGUGACCUUGUCAGCGAUCCUUUCAACGAGUGGGCAGAUGGAACUUGGAACAGCAGGAAGAAAGACUGUGUGCGCAUGAGCGAAACCUUCGGGUACCAUUGGCAGCCAAUGCCGUGCGGCACGCGGCUGUCGUACAUUUGCGAGUAUCCUCUCCUGCCGCCCACUGAUGUUCCAACCCCAACCACACCAGAUGUUGAACGUUGUGAGCCGGAGACCUGUAACCAGGGAGGGAUCUGUAUAGACGGUCCGUCGUCCUACACCUGUUAUUGUCUGCCGGGGUUUCUGGGAGACCACUGUGAGACAGAAACUGACGAGUGUGACCCCAAUCCCUGUCAAAAUGGCGGCGUGUGUACAGACGGGCAGCUGUCCUACACCUGCAGGUGUCCGAGUGGGUUCGGAGGUGUCAACUGCCAACUGACUUGCCCUGUCGGAUUUACGCUGUUCAAGGACCAGUGCUACUGGUUCUCUCCAGCUUCCCUGCGGAAAACCGUGGCAUCUGCAGAAACAGACUGUGAUGCCCGAGACGCCCGUCUGGCUUGUGUGAAGGACGAAGACACGCACAACUUCCUCAAAAUGACUAUCGCUACAACAAACCGCAGGCCUUACUGGAUCGGGUUGAGUGACAGGGUAGUGGAGGGUACAUGGCGCCACAGUGACGGGACAGAGCUGGGCAGUUUCCGGCCUUUCCGUCCGUCCCGUAACACCAACAAUGUGUGGAGGGACUGCGUUCUGAUGUGGCCAGCCUCUUCCUACCAGUGGCUGUACUAUAGCUGUAAUUCUCGCAGGAACUUCGUCUGCCAGAGGGCUGCAAGUCCGUGAGCUGACGAUGGCCUGACCAACAGUCGAAAAAAACUCACAAGAUACAAAAAUGGAUUUUUUAACUUCAUAAUUGAGAUAGAUAGAACAGAUGAUGAUCUAGACGAAUAUCGCGGAUAGGGAAGCUCAUGUGUUUAUCUACAUGAAAGAAACAGGAUAGACAAUGUUGUAAACCUGACUUCGUACUGAAUCGUAGCAUUAAGAGUUAACAAAACAUAUAAUCAUAUUGGGUGACAGGAAACAAAAAGAUUGGUGAACUUGUCUCUGCUAUUUUUGGUUAGUAAGAUGUUAUUCCAUCAAUGAGGGUAACGUGCAGUGUUAUGAAGUCAUCUUAAGUGUCAAGCAGAAGCUCUGAAGAAAAAAAAACUUGUAGGUGAUGACAAGUAAAUGUUUUUUUAGGUUAGAACACAAUUUCAACCAGCUAUUUGUUCAUUGCUAUCUUCAUUUUAUUGAUAUUGAUAGUGUUAAAGGUAUGAUUUUGGGAUAGUUUUAUCUUUAGUGGUAUUCAUGACGAGGGAGAGAUUCAUCAUGAUCAUAUCAUUCUUGGCAUUUAGAUCACAACAUGAAUGAAGAGUUUCAAUAGUUUCAAUAUUUUAAAUGCGACAACUGCGGAACAUUCGCCCAUGAUAUUGCUAGAUAUUCUAUGGCAAAAAAAGAAAGGGCAGGUCGUCAUUAUUGUCUAGAUAGAAGAAUGAUGAUACAUUUGGUCAAAAAGUGUUACUUGCAACUGUUUUGUCGGUUUUCUCUUUUCAUACAAUGUACUUCUUUAUGUGAAUGUAUUUAAAAUACAUUCUAUAAAUUUGAUUCUUACUGUUUGUUGAUAUUUUGGUGGCAAUUUGUAAUGAAAUACACUUGCUGAAGGGA